AUGGCCCGCUCUCGUUACUUCGAUGAUACAGUAGCCAUCAACGAGGACCAAGCCAGAUCAUACCCGACGGGAGAGGCAGACGGUCCCACAGAAGAUGAUAUCCAACUGCUACGGUUGCAGGGCGCCUUUGAGCUACCACCACGGUCUAUCCGUGAUGGCCUAAUCAACACAUUCAUGGAACGAUGUUCACCAUGGAUGCCAAUCAUCGAACGCAGCUGGCUUGAAGAAAGCGGUUCUCAGAAACCGUCCAUGCUACUUCUUCAAUCGAUCUUCGUUGCCGCAAGUCGAGUUACCUCGGCGCCGGCUGUCACUGCGUAUGCAUCUUCGCAUCAGUUUUACCGCCGUGCAAAAGCUUUAUUCUGGUCUGGUUAUGAGAGAAAUCCAGUGACUGUUGUCGCUGCAGCUAGAGACUGCUUGAUUUCUGCCGGACAGGGUCGGCCACUCGCGGUUGACAUGGACGAUUGCGAGCUGGCACCACCCUGUCUCGAGGACUUUCAAGAUUCGAGCUCAGAUGUCACUCUAUUUAUCGCAUAUGUGGAAAUCAGUUCAAUCUUGGGCCAUCUUACCCAACACUGUCGACGCAAAACUCUCACGCGUCAGGUACGACAAAACAUCGAGAAUCAGUUGUAUCGAUGGACACGAGAACUCCCACGGUCCCUGCGCUUAUUUCGCAGUGACAGCAGGCCAGGGGACUCAGCUUCACCCAAAGGUCUGGCUCAGUACAAUUUUGAAGCGCGACAGCUUCACAUCCCAUACUUCGUUUGUCUUGCGAUCAUGUGUCGACCGAUUUCUGGAAACUUGCCUUCCUCAGCAAUGAUCCUGGCAUCCUCAUUUAUAGCGGGGAUCUUCGAAGACUUCCUUGCUCGAGACGAGGUCCAAUUUCUGGGUCCAAUCUUCACUUUUCAUUUACUAGCUGCUGGAAUUGGUCUGCUUUCAAGCAAAAAUAUUCCUUCCCUUUGGGAGCAAGCGGCUGGUAGUUUGGAAACAAUCUAUCUGGCCCUUGAUGAACUUGCAAAACGCUGGUCGUCUGCAAAGGGUAGUCUCAGAGCACUGAGGAGCAUUGCUGAGAAGCAGCAAAGCCUAGCAACGCCAGAUCAAGUGCCGGUGAUGACGCUCUUAAGGGAAUACCGGCCCUACUUCGAAGGAUUCGGGUCGGAGCUUUCUUGGGCAUGGCCUUGCUUCAUGGAAGUCGGACAAAAUGAGAGCAACAAUGGCAGUGGCACACUAGCAUUCGGUGAAUCGGAUGCUAUAGGUCAUUUGGCCGAGUCCCGGGUACCGGGCGAUAUACCUUCGGAGUAUCGGCCUCUUACAACUGUCUUGGACCCGAAUGCUGGGUUUGUCAUGGGUGAUAUGCCGCAGGACAUGACGGGUGACUUCUUUCACGAUCAAUAUCAGGGCAUGGGAGAUUGGCUAUUCAAGGAUCUCGACUGGAAUGGUGAGAUAACUUGGUAG